AUGGUGCCUCUCGGGAGUGACGAAGCGGAGGUGGCGAUGGACGGGGAGCGCUCGCCGCCGCCAGCGGCGACGCGGAGCGGGCCGAGCAGGAGCCACAGCGAGGCGGAGCGGAAGCGGCGGCAGCGCAUCAACGCCCACCUCGCCACGCUCCGCACCCUCGUGCCCGCGGCGUCAAGGAUGGACAAGGCGGCGCUGCUCGGGGAGGUGGUGCGGCACGUGCGGGAGCUGCGGGGCGAGGCGGACGCCGCGGCGGCGGGCGCGGCCGUGGCCGUCCCGGGGGAAGGUGACGAGGUCGGCGUCGAGGAGGGCCAGCACUGCUGCUGCCACGGCGCCGGCGGGGAGAGGGACAGGGCCGCAGCCGCCACCAGGCGCGUCAGGGCGUGGGUGUGCUGCGCCGACCGCCCGGGGCUCAUGUCCGAGCUGGGCCGCGCCGUGCGGUCCGUCAGCGCCAGGGCGGUGCGAGCGGAGAUAGCUACCGUCGGCGGGCGGACGCGGAGCGUCCUGGAGCUGGAGGUCGGCGGGCAGCACGACGGCGAGGGCACGUCGUCAAGGCCGGCGCUGCAGGCGGCCCUCCGGGCCGUGCUGCUCAGCCGGGAGGAGCUGCUCGCCGCCGAGUGCUACAAGCGGCAGCGCUUCUCGGCGCACAUCGCCAGGGUUUAG